UGCGACACCGGUAUGCGCCUUCCGCGAACUGAGGACGCAUACUGGCAGUGAGGCAAGAUCGCCCGUCAUGUGGUGGCAGGUGCAAUUAGAGUGAGCGUCGAUCUUGCAUGUCGUAUUGCAGUAGUACAUUUCACUCCGCACCUCUCUCUGCCAGCUCGUGUACAAACCAUAACAACGACCUCUUCCAACACGAACGACAAACCACAACACCUGAUUCACGAUGCUGACCUACCUCCUCCUCACGCUUGCUGCUGUUGCAGUGGCACUCGCUGCGCCUCAGUCGCCAGCUGCCUACCAGCCUCUUUCCAAGCUCAUCAGCAAUGGAGAAUUCGGUCUCACCAUGCGCAUCAUUGACGAGGUCGGAGAGCCCAGAGCAGUGGCUCUUGUGGCUACCAAGAACGGCACGAACGAAGAACUCGUCCUUGUCGGCCAGCCACUCGCAUCAAACUCCGGAACUCCAGCUUACACGACCAACACCAACGCCAAAGAUGCCAAUGGCUUCGACUUCGUUGCACUGAACGUGGAUGUGGACGGCACCUCCUACGGCCUGUUCGCAGCAGACGUAGGCUCCGUCUACGGCAUCCAGACCACAAUCACCGCUGUGAAGGGCAUGCAGCAAGAAGAGUGGCUCGUCAGCGAUGAGGAUGAUGGCGUCUACCGCAAGCUCGCUGCCGCAAACAACCAGUUUAUGGCUUGCGCCGGAACUGUCAAUGGUCAGCCGGCUGUUGUGCUGAGCUGGGGUAUCAGAAAGUCCAAUGGCGCCACGCCAGAUGGAUGCGAUAGCACAACAGUCAAGAAAAACUGCAAUGUGCCAGACAGCAUGGCGAAGUGCCCAAAAUUCUAGUUGCAUCAACUUGAAUAUAUCGGUGCUCUUCUCAGUCGGAGCAGUGAUCGGAGGUCACAACCCCAAAAGCAUAGCUGCAUCACGGUGAUACGCUGCUACCUUCCUC